UCAGGAACAAGAACAACGACGAAGACGAGUACGAAGAAGAAGACGCAGAGCAGAGCCGAACCGGCGAACGGCGAUCAUCGAGCUCGAGCCGCCAUGGAUUUCUGGAGCCGCGCUCGGACCUUCGCGGAGAAGGCCGCCAGGCGGUCCCAGGAGCUGACCGCGGAGGCCGCGAAGCGCUCCCAGGAGCUCGCCGCCGGAGGCCCCUCGCGGCUCGCCGACGUCGUCUCCGAGACGGCGAAGCGGUCCCGGGAGAUCGCCGCCGAGGCGUCGAGGCGGGCCGACCAGAUCAAGCUCGAGGCCAUCCGGCGCGCCGAUCGGCUCCGGUCGCUGGGGGGCCGCCGAGGGCUCCGGCGAGGCGCCGCCGCGGGGCCGGGGAAGGAGGUCACCGACGAGCUGGAGUUCGUCCAGGAAAUCAACGUCACCACCUUCCGGGAUUUUCCCCUGCCAGAUGAUUCUGAGAUGUCAGAUGUUCCUAUGGUCUCAAAUGUAAGGCAGGACCUUACAGAGUUUCAAGAAAAGCAUGCCAAGCUUGUUCUUUCGUCUGUAAAGGAAAUCUCGAAGUUGAGAUAUGAGUUGUGCCCGCGGAUUAUGAAAGAACGGAAGUUUUGGAGAAUAUAUUUCAUCCUAGUUAAUAGCCAUGUUGCACUCUAUGAGAGGCGAUACAUGGAGGAUGUUAGACAAAAUGCUUCAGAAGAAGUUAAAGAUGUUGGCCAAACAGCUUCAGAAGAAGUUAAAGAUGUUGGACAAACAGCUUCAGAAGAAGUUAAAGAUGUUGGACAAACAGCUUCAGAAGAAGUUAAAGAACAUUCAAACGCUGGAGUAGCAUCUAAAGCAGAGACAAAGGAACCAAAUAAUCCGAGUAAGCUAAGCAAGACUUCCACCUCAACAGAGCAAGACUUGGACGUCUUCCUUUUGGGAGAUCUUGGAGAUGAUGAUGAGGGACCAGAUGCUGGAGAUGCAGACUUUGAUGAUGAUUUUGACAAAAUGGUGGAUAGUUCGGAUGAUGAGAAAGAGAAAGAGAAAUAGUAGAAGAUUCUGGGAGUGGCUGCAACACAGCUUGUCCUUUGCGGUCUGCAUCAGGGAGAUCUUAGUGUGGCAACUGAAAUCCAAAACCUUUGUGUAAUAUCCACAGUUAUGUCCUCCAACCUUUUCUCUUCUCUAUCUAGUCACUCUAGUCUCUCGUUUACUUUCUCAUUUUUGUUGGGAGAUAAGAUGAGGGAGGGUGGUCAGUUGUAGAAAGUGUAGACGUUUGCAGUCAAGUGAAAUGUAUUUGUGACUCCAUUCUUUGUAGGAUCAACUGUUAGAAAAAUAAUGACACUUGACAAUGGCUCACUACCCUGUCUCGUAGUUUUUGUAAUCCGUGCUUCCAUAACAGAACAUGAACCUUGCUACUUGACUUU